UUUCCUUUUCCUCUUCCUCUAUCGGUUACUAUUCCACUACUUUUGACCAUGAAACUACUAUAGAGUCUCCUCACAAGCUCUAGGACUCACAAACUCAUCACUAUUCAUGUCUCUGCAGAUUUUGAUAUCUCGUCUGUCCGGCCCUCCGAUAUAAUAUCAAGCAAAGUCAGUAUAACUGCAUCUUGUAUCAAUCCAUUCAUAGGAAUGGAUUUUGAAAAUACCAAUACCCCAGCUGGGGCACUCAAGCGCCUUUUCAACCACAUAACUCUACCUGCAAGGCUACCCCAAGACGCCGAUUCUAGCAUCGAUGUGGUUGAACGUGAACUGGUAGAUCGUUUGAUAGCUGCGGCUAAGCUAAUGAGAGACGCCCAAGAUGGCAUCUGUUGGCAAGUUUGGGACUCGCUCAGGCGUUCACUUCUGCUUUGCAGAGCACUCAAUAUCGGUGGGAGGCUAGAACGAAGCCAGCUGAGUAACCAUCUCAAGCAGCUUCGCGAUUCUGAUGUCAUUAUUCUUCACGUGUCAGCUCAGAAUGCAGGCAUUGUCAUUCACAAGCCUUCCAACCCUGAAUUCAGCGGUAAUAUACUAUUUGAAACAUUCGAGGCCUCGCCCAAGCGCGAAUCUGUAUUAGCGUCACAGACGCUUUCGUGGACAUUCCCCGGGACAGCUGUGUUGAUCCCUGAUUCGACAUUCUACGAUGAUGCUUUCCUCGAAAGUCUUUCGGUAUUCCUGGAGCAAGCCUCGACCGAAUCUAGCCAGAAAUUCUCCGAGUAUGCGGUAAAAGCAGGGCGUCAAGUGGCGGAGGACAGGGAAAAUCCACAUCCUGCCUUAAUCACAUCCUUUCUCACUGCGAUCCUAGAGGCGAAUGGCAAACGCAUUUCCCCUAUUCUCCUUCGAAAAAGAGUGAGAGAUGACGUAUGCUGGUCCAGCAAUGCACCUUGGCGAAGGUUGCCAUAUUGGCUUGUUCUUCGGGUUGGCAUCGCCCGUUACCUAGCAACCAUCCUCGGUGGAGAAAAUGGCCGAAUUCAGUACAAGUUUUUGAUAUGCAUCAUCCAUGCAAUGAUACUUGAUGAUACCCAGGAUAUCGUUACCUUGGAGGACCAAUCUUUCCUCAAAACUAAACUAUGUCGCAGACUUUACAAGCUUGAUCGAGACCACCUAGAGCAACCAAAGACCAUACAGGAAGCAUACGGUAAACUGGAUCGGGCCUUUUCUCCCCUAUUCAAAAAGACUGUGGAUGCUGUUGCUUUUCGGAUCAACAACAGCUGGAACCAACAAAAGAAAGCAAUCGUCAGGCCUAUUCUACCAUUACCUCGUCGAUCUAAUUCAAAGGAUUUGCACCUCAGUCUUAAGUUGAGUCGCAAAUAUCUGACCAGGGUUCGUGAGAGGUUCCAAAAUGCAACCCCACUCAGGAGAACCCAAACCCAUACAACUUUCCAACGACCUAAAUUACACAUUCAGGCAUUUGGUAAACAGUUGCUUGAACUUUUUGACAAGGAAAAACAGAUUCAAUACUCCAUUUCCGAUUUGUCUUUAGGUUCAAUGAGCUUGUCAGCGCGAGUUCGGCAACUACAUGGAACCAUUCACGAUUACAUCAACCAAAUCAAUGAUAAAUACGAUGGCAAUGUAGAGCAGAAGUCAAUCAUGCUCCUCACUUUGAUGGAGACAUGGACAGCUCUCGACGACGCGGCAUGUACUAUGUUUCCUCUCUUAUAUGAAUUCCACCCUAUCUUUACUGCACGCCUAUUGGAAAUACUCCGUCUCCCUCUUCUAUCCGACAUCUCUCGCGCACGCAAAGUACAAUCAUAUAUACAGGGACGGAUAUCUCGAUGCGGAGGGUCUCGAGCCACAAUAUUCGAUGACCCAUGCAAAGGUUGUUUCGCAGAAAGAUACUUCAAUGAUUCUUCCGGUUCUGGUCCGCUCGCAAAUAUCCUGGCUGAGAUACAAGCAACUUCUGCACAGCAGCUGAAAGAGAAAGAACAAGAAUGGAGAGACAUGAGCGCAAAAUAUGAGAUGUUGACAAGACAAUUUGAUUCAGCAACAUGCAUCUACGUCCAAUCAAUGAACGGACUCUACCCGACGCACGAUCAGUACACCUGUCCAAAAUGCCAACUAGACAAACAGAGGUCUCGUAUGACAAUCAAAGCUUUUGAAUCCCCGCUACCUGAGAACACAGUGCUGGCAAAGGCAAUAGUAUUUGAGCUUAGGUGUCCCGAAGCUCUUGCUUCAUAUCGCGAUGCCACGUGGAAAAUCUUACACGGCGUUGCGAAACAAUCUCAAGAUAUGGGUAUCAAACCAAAGGUAUGUUUACAAGACUACUCGGGCUUACAGGAAUAUUCAAAAAUUUCCGGGAGUAUAUCUCUUGCAUCGACAACGAAAUCAUUCCUAAUGACCCACUAUAGGGGGAAGAAAUUCCCCGUUGAUCUCGAUCAAGUGUGCUAUCCGAAUGGCCUCAAGUUAUCCUACUUCGACAAGGCUUCUCAAUCUUGGCCAGGCCAUAGACAAACGCGUCCUACAUUUGAACAUCACUGCAAACUAACACUUCCGAAGAGUUCACCAUUCUCAGCGCUCCUCGAGUCUCCAAGUUUUAAUGCUUAUGAGGAUGGCCCAUCAUCCUACGAGAUUGUGGCAUCACAUUCACACUGUCCAUCCAGUCUCAACCCACAUGAAUAUAUGGCCUUCCAAUAUCUCUUGUCUGGAAAACGUCGACGAUGGAUCACCGUCUUGAGGGAGCUUGGUUCGUCUAAUCUCAAUCUAUCCACAGAGACGACAACCAUGCUGCUUGAUCAUCUCGCACACCAGGUCGGCCCAUCAGAUGAAUACCACGAGCUCUUUGGAGCUAUACAUUCUGUUUUCGAGGACGCUUCAUUCUGUGAAGCCAUGUUACAGCAACUCAAGGCAAAGCUAGAGGCGAUAGCCUCUAACUGGCGCGAGACCCAUCUGAUGGAAAUCAUCAUUAUAUUGACUCUAAGGCUCAUUGCAUUCACGGUGCCUAAUACGAAUCACUUGACAGCAAUAGCAUUGGAUCUGCUUUCCGAAAUUAGGCAGAUCACUUUGCAAUGGGUAAGAUUGUUGCGCAAAGAAAUGUAUUCCGCUGGAGACUUGGAUAAUAAGAGGAAUUGCCAAUCGUAUCUAUUGUGGGCUGCUCUUCUCUGCAAAAGAACCUAUGCUUCACACCAGAUGGCAAUCGCCCAACAUCUCGAGGACGAAGAUAUUUCUACAUUCAUUGAAUGCAGUGCAACGGUGUACGACAAUGUCCCAGAUAACAUCAUAUCCCUGGGGCGAAUUGUGAAGAACUCCUUCGUUCGAGAUUUAAGGAUGAUGCACGAUUUGAAGGAUCAAAUACGGCAGUGGAUCGAGAUGCGUGCAGGGAUCCCUUUACAUGUCGCACUUCAAAGCCUAUGGCCGGCUGCUGCAUCCAAAUCGAUCUUUGCCAUUAAAUUCGAAAGUGACGGGUGGAUUCAAGUCGAUUUAAGUGAUGCAUUGGAAGGGCUGGUGACUGCGAGCUACAAUUAUAUCUUUGGUAUCUUGUUAGUAGACGGCCAACCUCUCGGUGUAAUCUUGGCUUUUGACAAAGAGGGCUACCGGAUACAUAUCGGAUACGAUGGUGAAGAGACCAUUAUCCGUGCCAUUAAUGAGAGACAGAUUCUGGAACUCAUCCCAAGAGACAAGUUCCGUAAUGGGAAUCAGUUUGACCUUCCAGCACAACUUAUUGAUAACUGUAUCCAUUGGCUCGAUCUCGUUACUGGGAUCCUCGAGAUUCGGUUGAAAUCGAUAAACAUUUGGAGGUCCCAUCGACAUAGUUGGAGGCUAGACGUUACGACAUCAGUAUGUUCACGGUUUAUACCUAACGCGAAGGGUAAAGAGACGCUGGUGGAUCCUUAUAGUCCACUGUUUAACCGCGCGUCGAAAAUUUUUACUUACUUCGAACACCCAAUGCAUUUGACGAUCUAUCAACCAGGCGGCAUGUAUUCACUCGCUGUUGAUAUGCCCCGAAUGCAACUGAAGUGGUGGGUCAACAAAGACAAUCUGCUGCAAUCUUCACACUUGCAAGCCGAGAUUGAUCCUUCCCAAUGUAUUGACACAUGGUAUGGGUUUGAUAGCAAACUGGUUUGCCGCAGUUUGAAAAACCCACAAGAUCGCUUUGUUCUCGUCCCAUUAGGAGCACUCCAGGCAAGAAAACGGGGUUGCCACGUACAGGUGAUCGUUCAGCUCCUACACCCUGAUAUACGAUCGGCAAAUUACGUACGAUUCAUGGUUAAUAAAACCCUCGGUCGCCUAGAUUGCGCCUCGGAGCCUGCGUUGGUAUAUAAAAAAGCCGAGAUCCACGCACUCACCUCCUUUGUUCUACCGGACCCCUUAACAGGCUUGACCGGAGUCGAAAGUUCUUUAGCUAUCUUGACUUCCGGUAUAUCCCAGCCAUGGGCACCAUUGAUAUUCCUCCCAACAAACAUACUAUGCUCUCUUUCAAGGCUCUCCCCGAGACGGGAAUAUUAUCCUGAAGACCUCAGAGUCAUGAAGAAAGAGACAUGGAAUCAUGAUUUGCCCGCCUUGGUUCAGCGAGAAGAGUUUUACAUCCUGGCAGACAAGAUAAUCUCUCAGUCUAAUAGAUUGGGUACCUUCUACCCCCACAAGAUAGACACGGAAGAGUUAUCCGCGUCCGGUGAUAUUCAUCUAAACCUACGCGCUCUACGUCGGCGACAACGUUAUGAAAGAUGCAGCUAUGGGCUACAACUUGAUAGUCCAGAAGAUACUCUGUACGAAGCGAGACAUGAUCCCCGCGCCAGUAGUUCGCGGUAUUCCAAUGUCUUGGAAACAGCCAGUAUAAUACGAGACAAACCAAGGUUCAUGUCGACCGUAAAGGAUCUUGCAACGAACCUCUCUCAGUCACUCAUCAUCAAAGGUUACAAUCAGGAUUUUGAGAAGAUAACAAUACACGAUCGCCUAGAGGUUGAUAUACGUCGGGAAUUUGGCCCGCUUGUCAGCGCGAUGAAAGAUAUUCAGGGCCAAUAUAAGCUCAUGUUCUUUCUAGGGUCAAUCUCGUUUCGAUCGAAUGCCAAUAUGCAUCUAAUACGGACUCUGAUUGCGUUCGCUCAUUGGGAUGAUCUUCAAUCGUUAGCUCUCCCUCGUUAUGAUGAAUACUGCAGCUUCCGGCCAGGCCAAGUACCACAAGUUGACGUUCUAGUCAAGCUUAUUGAACCAUUUCAAGCACCCCCUCCCGAAGACCCUCCUCUCGCAGAAUUUGCGAGUGGUCGAGACCAACGAAAGCUCUACCAGGCCAGGCUGGCCCAUGCUCAGGAAGCAAGCAAAGACUGCAGAAACUUGGCGCUAUCUCUAAUUUCAGAAUGGCCUACUCCCAGCCCAAGCACAAAGCAUGCAGAGGACUCGUACUUGAUAGAUGUACCCGCUGCUCUAAACCAAGUACGUCCUGAGUGGGAGAGAAUAUACCGCAACCAUGAAUUUUAUAUCCACCUGCAAGAAGUUCAGGCAAUUCUAAAUCAAAGGCAUUCUGAUAUCGAAUUUCAAAAGCCGGACUUUGUUCCUUCUGAGUGGAUGUACCAUAUUCAGCAACCAGGCUACAGGCUACCAACACUUGGCCAUGACAUGAUUGGAAUGCCUAUUCAUAAGAUUAGACCAAGCAUCGCAAAACAACGUGUCAGUCCCUUCGGAAACGCACCUCAGCCUAUGAUACCUCUCCGUGACAUUUCAGCAGAAAAGGCUUCGCAAGAGUUAGAGCAGAUUAUUGACGUAUUCUCGAAAUCUAAGUCAACAAUCAAGAAAAGAUACGCGGCAGACCUAAAAGAUAGUUUGGUUGCUUUCAAAAAUCACAGAUCGCAAGCCGCAGCUGCUUCAACUUUGCCGCCGUCUAACGAAUAUACAGUUGCCCAGCUUGAGUCAUUUACACCAAAUGACGUAUACUCUGAGAGGCAAAUAUAUUGGCUACAACAAGGUCAGCUGUGGCCUGCUAUUACUCCAAUUACCCUUCUUGAGCAGCUUCGGUCCACCACAAAACGUUCAUUUGGGACGGGAAUGAAGAGAAGACUACUCGAUUUCGCCGUGUCCAUCACAAACUUGCAAAGACGAUUGCGGAUGCAGUCCUAUCAGAACUCAGGUGAAUACGCUCGUUACGAAGAAGAACGAAGGAACACAGGUCACAGUAACUGGCGAGUUGAAUCAAACUUGCUCAUUCGUGAGACUCAAGUUGAAGCCAAUAGCGUUCUCCAGCUGAACAUGGGACAGGGCAAGACAUCAUGUAUCAUUCCGAUGGCUGCAGUUAUACUUGCGGAUAGCAAGAACCUUGUUCGGGUGUCCUUGCUCCAUGGUCGCCUGGGCGGUCUGGUUGGUAGAGAGAUCAGCCACGAAGGCCACAUCAAGCUGUUCCACAGAUUACAUCGCGACAUUCAGAGGAAACGCGGAAUAAUGCUUUGCCUUCCAGAGCACCAGAUGUCGUUCAUGCUAUCUGGUCUUCAACGGGGGUGGCUUCAAUCAUGCGCGAGAGACACACAACUCAUAUACCCUUCUGGGUCACAGAUGACUGUGGAUGGACAUCCACAUCGGUGGAUAGUUGUUGAACAAAUUCUCGGCUUAAUGGAUAUGCAUCUUUAUGAUCUAGCUACCAGCUACCGAUAUUCAAUCGAGGUUGUGAGGCGCCCACAUGGAGGCUUUCCCUUUGUUUUCUUCCUGCGGAAUGAUGUCUGCCGAGGUGCCCGAGGCAUAAUCCCCGUGGACUCUAUCGAUCAAGCCGACCGCAUAGCCAUCAAAGAGUUUCUCUCCAGUGGCAAGGUUCGCCAGUCGAGUUUAGAUCGUAUCAGCUGUUUAUGCCCCGACCGACCGCAUGUCAAGCAGACGAUAUAUCUACUUCGAGGAUUAUUUAAACGAUACGGCGUUCAAUACGGACUUCACCCUUUGCGAGACCCGGUGGCGGUUCCCUUUCAUGCAAAAGGAGUUCCAAGCGACCAAUCUGAAUUUGGCCAUGUUGAUGUCGCUAUCUUGUUAACCGCGUUGGCCUUUUAUUACUGCGGUAUCAACAUUUCACAGACCCGUCAAGCCUUGGAAGCUGUCUUGAAGUCCGACGAUCCUGCUUCCGAAUAUGAUAAAUGGACCGAAGACGAAGACUUCCCAGAUUAUUUGAGAGAUUGGCAUUCAAUUAACGUCGAUGAUUCACAACAGAUGGGCCAAAUCUGGAACACUGUGCGUUUCAAGGUCCCCGUGAUCGAUUACUUUAUGAACAACUUCGUCUUCCCGCGCCACGCGAAACAGUUCAAAGUUCGAUUGCAAUCCAACGGCUGGGAUAUUCCCUUACCAUCCCACAUCCAGUCCAAUAAGAAUAGGACCUUGAACCAGUCAAGAGGACUUACGACUGGCUUCUCCGGUACAAAUGAUAUUAAACCCCUCUUGCCUUUGACUAUCAAACAGGAUGACUUGCCCGCAUUGUCGCAUACAAACGCAGAGGUUCUCACAUACCUUUUGCAGCCGCGAUCUAAGAGCUAUUUUGUAAUGGCCGAUCAGAACCAUAAGCGCAUUAGCGAGAUUUCUUUUCUAUGUUUGUUAAGAGAUCGAAAUAUCCGCAUACUUAUCGAUUCCGGAGCUCAAAUCCUUGAACAAUCCAACAAGGAACUAGCCGAAAAUUGGUUGAAGGUGGACGGUCGAGCAGGAGUGGCGCUAUACUUUGAGGGUGAUAGUCCAUGGAUCCUUUCCAAGCAAGGAACGAAGACUCCCCUACUUGCUUCACCUUACGCAGACAAUUUGAACGAAGUUCUAGUGUACCUUGAUGAGGCCCAUACGCGGGGAACUGAUCUCAAGUUUGGUCAAUACGCUCAAGCUGCUCUCACGUUAGGACUCAGCCAAACAAAAGACCACACUGUACAAGCUGCUAUGAGACUCCGCCAGCUCGGCACAACGCAAUCCGUUGCAUUUUUCGCUCCACCCGAAGUGAACCAAAGCAUUCGAGACUUGUGUGGUAAGAUGGAUGCGGAGCGGAUAAAUUCGUAUGAUGUAAUCCGUUGGCUCAUCAGCAAUACAUGUGAUGGCAUUGAGCAACUGCAGCCUCUUUAUUAUUCUCAAGGCGUAGAUUACUGUAACCGAAUGCAAGCAGCUGAGGACUUCCCGAAUUUCCUGGUUGACGAAGAACACAGAACAGCUUUUGUCAAUGCUAUUAAACAUAGGGAACGGCAGACCCUACAGCAACUCUAUGCGCCCCAGUCUAAAGCAAGACUAGACAUAUCCCUAAAGUCAAACCCAAAGAUUGCUGGAUUUGUCAAAGAGCUCGAGUCACGUAAGAAAACUUUCCAGGACACAGGUCAGGCCGUCCAUGCUUCAGCGUUACAAGAAGUUGAACAAGAACGAGAGAUGGAAAAUGAAGUUGAGGCUGUACGACAAGUCAAAAAACCAUUACCAUACACACCUCACAAGUUCCCCGGCCUCCACAGGGAUCUGGAAACUUUUGCCAGGACAAGUAGGAUACCUGCCGGGUCUGACUAUUUCAUCCAUAUCCUCAGAGCACUAGCAAGGACAGCUCUCGGAAGGAAAUAUAAGGUGAACCAUGAGAUGAGCUCUUCUCAACUUUUCGUUUCCGGCGAAUUUGAGCGGACCGUUAAAUUCAUCAUUGAGUUAGCCAAUGACAAUUUCAUGCGUCCUGUCCAAUGGAUUCUUCAUACAGAAUCUCCUGAAGCUGCAAUUAUUGUAACACCGGAGGAAGCCGAACACCUGAUUCGAAUCAUACAGGAAACAAAGAAAGAAGGGAAAGUUAGCCCAACUCGUCUUUUGAUUUAUGCGGCACCUGUUACCCGACGAAUGAUGCACUUCAACAAGUUGAAUUUCUAUGCCUUGCCGCCUGUCUCUAAAAACUGGCAGCCUCCCGAAUGGCUUACUACUGAGCUUGGUUUCUUUGCAGGGAGACUCUAUUUCGAUUGGUCUGAGUACAACAGCAUUUGUAAAAUGCUGGGAAUUGACCUAUCUACACCUGGGAUGGAAGAAAUCGAUAGUUCGGAAGUGGAUACAACCGACCAGACCGCCUCCGCCGAAACAUCAAACGACCCAGAUCGAUCUCAAAAGAUCGCUUCUAAUCCUCGAAUGGGCACGCAAUCAAGUCACAAAUUCAAGGGCCUUACAUCUAAGCCUUACACGUUCACGCAGGAGUAUUUAGCGGUUCGUCGACGUGGGCAAGACUUUACUCAUACUCCAAUGGGGUUCUUGUGCAAUGGAAAACCGUUAAACGAGAACAGCGCUUUCUUCCGCCGUGCAGAUACUACUCGACGUCGCAAGGCGCUUAUGCCAGUUGGGACAUCCCAGACUGAUAACACCGAGGGAGAAGGUGGGGAAAUGAUGGAUCUUGGAGAGUACGAUCCCUCGGCGGAGAUUCAAGAUGAUGAGGAGCACAUUACUAUCGAGUAUGAUGAAUCUGAUAUGCAUCGUAUGGAAGACGAAGAAGCAGACGAAUCGAACGAUGAAGCUCAAUCUCCAGGGAUGAGUCGUGGAAAGCGGUCUACCAGGCGAAAGGGCAAGUGA